AUGUUGUCGAAGGCUGGCAGCGUAGAGGAGGGACCAGGGUGUAUCGAACAGGGGUCGGAGUUGAAUGUUGAUGAGAUACGAGAGCAGCUGCGACUCCUCCUAGAUCUUAGCUCGCGGCUCCCUUCCAAGACAGUGCUUUCGCUAGGCGAUGCCACUGUCUUUCGCGACUCUUGCUCGGCGCUGGAGAAGGUGUUGACUGCGCCCACACGGAAGUAUGAUGACACGCAAUAUGAAUUCUCGGAUAGGGUGGAUCCACGAGGAGACAUUGCUGAAGACCAUCACGAAGCCACGCAUCCGGAGGACAGGAGGGAAGAAGCUCUUCAAUAUGACCGUGAACUUUUGUUAGUGCUGGACCGUCUGACAAAAGCGAAUGAGAACUUUCGACAGCGGAGAGUCGAACAGCGCCAAAUUCACGAACAGUACCAGAUCAGGUGCAAGGAGUUCUCAGCCCGGGUCUCAGAGCUAGAAGAUGAAGUGAAGUCGCUCCAGGAGGAGGCGUUCAACGCCACCAUCGAGCUGGAGUGUAUGCGUGGCACUGUCUCUGGACUCGACUCCUGGUUAAGUAAUUGGAAGAGCCAAAAUGAUAGCGACAGCCAUCCAGGUCCAGUGUUAAAAAGGCCAGCUAAACCACGAGGAAAGAGCUCAAAGUACUUUGAGCAGCUGGACAAGCUCCAAGAGCAGAGAGAUGGCCUGAUAGAUGGGCUAGGCGCCUGGAUGCGAGGGUGGAAUGAUGCAACUGACGGGUUUCGGGCUCGCUCAACGAGCUAG